AUGGCAGCCGCUUCCAAGAAGCGAUCCGUCGAUUACGUCGACCUCACACAAGACGAUGACGACGCUAAACGGCCUGCUCAUAGAUCGAGAUCCGGUCUCGACUUCAAAGAAACUCCUGUUCCACUUCCUAACUAUGUGGCAGGCAGCCUUGGUGGAUUGAGUGCAGUCGGGCCUUCCCCGCCAAGCUCUUGGUCCGCUCGCGUAGCAGCUUCGAGUGCCGCUGGCCAAUCUUCUCAGUCUUCCCAGUCGUCCCGGUCUUCGAGCGCGGCGCUUCGAUCGAGCCAGUCGUCCCACUCGUCGUCCUCUGUUCCCGCCUCCCAGUCUGGCACGCAAGAACCCGAGUUUCAAGAUUUGACGCAGGAUGACGAUGGACAACCAACAGAACUCUACGGGUCUUUUGAUGGCAAAAUCGUUGGAGUUCGAUACUACAAUGGCCCCGUUUCACUCCUCAUUCGCAAGAUGGCUGACUUUGAAAAGUACGAUCGAAACGCGAUCCGAAUCGACAACGUAAUGUUUCAGCAGAUUGGUCACUUGCCUCGCAAGGUUGCAGAAAAGAUUAGUCCCUAUCUGGAUUCUGGUGACCUUACCUUGGAGGCACAACUUACUGGCGAGCAGGGUAUGUUCGACUGGCCCGUUCGGUUGUUCUUUUUUGGUCCUAGUGAUGCAACUUCCCGUGAUCGAAUCGAAACGGCACUGAAGGCCGACAAGCUCAUCAAGGCUACCCAGUUGAAGCAAACCCGGAAGGAGGCUGUUGCCCAAAGGCUUUCUUUAGGUCUGAAGGCAGGCAGCACGACUCACGGGGUAGGCGGGGCUGCAGAUUAUGGCCACAUGGAACUUUCACUCGAGGAGCUUAUGAAGAAGAGCGACAGUAUUGAUUUCCGCCAAGGAGGCGAUGCCAUCAAGGCACUUGCCAUCGGCGAGCAGCAGCUAUCUUGCAUGGCUUUCGCUGAACAGCCAGCACAGCUUUCUUCCGUUCUGCUGCCAUACCAACUUCAGGGCCUCGCAUGGAUGACAUCCAAGGAACAUCCGCGGUGUCCGGAAAAGAGGCUUGGUAACAUGGUUCAGCUGUGGAAACAAAAUGACAAAGGGAUGUAUUGGAACCUGGCCUCCGGCUUCGUCAGUCAAUCACCGCCGAAUCUCUGUUCUGGAGGCAUUCUCGCGGACGACAUGGGACUUGGCAAGACGCUUCAAGUGAUAAGCUUGAUUUUGACUGGCGGCCCCGGAUCCACGCUCAUCGUCGCGCCGGUUAGCGUCAUGAGCAACUGGAAGCAGCAGAUCGAACGACAUGUCAAGCCGGGCCAGGCACCGAGCGUUGUAGUCUAUCAUGGCGACCAAAAGAUGACAAUCAAGGACCUAAUGAAAUACGACGUCGUCAUCACGAGCUACGGACGACUCGCGAGGGAACGCGAUCCUCGGGUCCCGAGUGUUCUGUUGAACAAAUCUAUCGAAUGGCGGCGUGUUGUCCUGGAUGAAGGGCACACGAUUCGAAACGCAAGGACAAAGGUUGCGACGGCUGCCUGCGAGAUCAAGGCAAAGUCCCGCUGGGUCCUUACCGGAACUCCCAUUGUCAACUCUGUCAAAGAUGUGCAUUCCUUGGUCAAAUUCUUGCACCUCACGGGAGGCAUUGAGCAGUCCGAGAUUUUCAAUACAUGCGUCACGCGCAAGCUGGCAGCCGGUGACCGCAGCGGCGAGGCAAUUCUUCAGGCUCUCAUCAACGACAUCUGCCUUCGACGCAAGAAAGACAUGAAGUUUGUGGACCUUAUGCUGCCGGAAAAGAAGGAGUACCUGCAUCGAAUCACGUUCCACCCCGCAGAGAAGCAAAAAUACAACGCCUUGCUAUCCGAGGCCCGCGGAGCUCUGGAAGAUUUUCAGAAGCGCUCGUCCGUCGGGCAAAAGGGCCGUUUUCAGAAUGUGCUCGAGCGCCUGCUCCGACUUCGACAAGUGUGCAACCAUUGGACGUUGUGCAAGGAGCGGAUCGACGAUCUCAUGCAGCUGCUUGACAAUGAAGACAUCGUCGUCUUCACUGACCGGAACCGUGCCCUUUUGCAGGAAGCGCUUCGGCUGUACCUCGAGAGUCAAGAAGAGUGCGCCGUUUGCUACGAGAUUCCAACGGCGCCGGUCAUCACCAAUUGCAAGCACGUGUUUUGUCACGGCUGCAUCAGCAAGGCCAUUCAGAUCCAACAGAGAUGUCCCAUGUGCCGAAACAGUCUGACGGAAGACUGCCUGCUGGAGCCGGCUCCCGAGGGCGCCUUUGACGACAACUUUGACACGGAUACACAGAGUUCGAAGACGGAAGCAUUGCUUCAGAUCAUCCGGGCCACUACGGCAAAUGCUGGAUCGAAGAUCAUCGUGUUCUCGCAAUGGACAUCCUUCCUAAACAUUAUUCAGAACCAGCUAAAGAAGGCAGAGAUCAAGUUCUGCCGAAUCGACGGAAGCAUGAAUGCUGACAAGCGAGACGGCGCCAUCCAUGAUUUGGACCAUGAUCCGCAGACCCGAGUCAUGUUGGCCAGUCUGGCUGUCUGCAGUGUCGGCCUCAAUCUUGUUUCUGCCGACACCGUGAUACUCUCGGACAGUUGGUGGGCGCCGGCGAUCGAGGACCAGGCGGUGGACCGUGUUCACCGCCUUGGCCAGACGCGACCAACGACGGUCUGGCGGCUCGUCAUGGAGGGGACGGUCGAGGAGCGAGUUCUCAGCAUUCAGUCAGAGAAGCGUGAGCUCGUCGGCAAAGCAUUCCAGGAAAAGGACAAGACGGGAAAGAAGGCCAAGGACACGAGAAUGGCGGAUCCUUCACAGGUACGUUUCUUCCAUGAUGAUGGGACGGUGAAGUCCGCGCAUCUCCAUCUUACCUGGUCAGUAGAAGCCAUCGAAUUCUGGCAUGCGCACCGCACUCUCGUCAUCCUCUGCGCUUUCGUCACCCUCAUCUCGAUCCGAUGUUACCUCCACUUUUACGACCGAAAAGAAGGAUUAGUAGUGCUGCCAAAGAUUUACGAGCCGGAAAAGAGUAAAGAUGCGGGGGCUGCGGUGCCGCAUACGUCGGCGAAUCCGAAGACGACGGCGACAAAACCCAAGGGACCAAAGAGAAUAAAAGGAGGGGUAGUGAGAAGAGCAUCUCAGGAGGAAGAUGAAGCAGUUGAUUUGACAAGUCCUAUCAAGGUCACGGUCUACUUCUCGUCCGUCACGACCAAGACGGAGAAGAUUGCACGGGACUACAUGAUUCGGUUAGAGAAGGCCACUGAGCAGCUGGGACUGGAAUCAAAGCGCCGAUUCCUCAAGCCAGAGCUGCAUGAUCUGACAGAGGUCGAUUUCGAAGACGUUUUCGUCACGCCUCCGGUGUCGGCCGAGAAGGCGAGUUCAUUCUACCUAUUUCUGCUGCCGAGCUACAACAUCGACACGAUCAACGACACCCUACUGCAGCACCUGGAGGAAACUCACCACGACUUCCGAAUUGACACCGCUCCCCUUUCCCCUCUUCUUGGAUACUCAGUCUUCGGUUUUGGGGACAGGGAACACUGGCCGGACGAAUCCGAGGGCUUUUGUUUCCAAGCCAAGGAGCUCGACAAGUGGAUGUCCAAAUUGACUGGAAGAAAGCGCGCGUACCCGGUCGGCAUGGGCGACAUGAAGAGCGAUCACGCCGAGCGCUUGGAGGAGUGGUCAGCCGGCGUUCACGAAGUCAUCGGCCACGUUGCGCGGACGGGGAGCUUGGGAGAGGGCGCUCGCGGAAGCGGUGAUGCCAUGGAGAGCGACGAAGAGGACAUGGCGGGUGAAGACGACGUCGAGGUGCUCGUCGAAGCUGACGACGGCGACAAGGAGCAGGCGUCGAGGCCGCUGGACGAUGUUGAAGACUUGGGCAAGAUGGUCCGUCCUUCCGCCAACAACAACGGCGGCAGUACCAAGAGGGGUCCUCUCGCCGUCGACUUCACAUCGUACGGCUCAUCGGGAAAGAAGAGGGCGCCGGCGCAGGCAGCGGUCGUGAAGGAGAUGGUGGCCAAGAACUCGCCCACAUACGCGGCUCUGACCAAGCAAGGGUACACCAUCGUCGGUUCGCACUCGGGCGUCAAGAUCUGCCGCUGGACCAAGUCGGCUCUGCGUGGUCGCGGGAGCUGCUACAAAUACUCGCUCUACGGCAUCAACUCGCAUCAGUGCAUGGAGACGACCCCUUCGCUCUCCUGCUCCAACAAAUGCGUCUUCUGCUGGCGGCACGGCACGAACCCGGUCGGCACCACCUGGCGCUGGGUCGUCGACCCGCCCGAGAUGAUCUUUCAAGGCGUCAAGGAGGGCCACUAUAAGAAGAUCAAGAUGCUGCGGGGCGUGCCGGGCGUCCGGGCGGAGCGCUACGCCGAAGCGCUGAGGAUACGGCACUGCGCCCUGUCGCUCGUCGGGGAGCCCAUCUUCUACCCGCACAUCAACGAGUUCCUGGCGAUGCUGCACGCCGAGCGGAUAUCGUCCUUUCUCGUCUGCAACGCGCAACACCCGGAUCAGCUGGCCGCCCUCAAGGCCGUCACGCAGCUCUACGUCUCCAUAGACGCGUCCAAUAAGGAGUCGCUGCGCAGGAUCGACAGGCCGCUCCAUCGCGACUUCUGGGAGAGGUUCCAGCGCUGCCUCGACAUCCUCCGCGAGAAGCGCUUCCGUCACCGGACCGUCUUCCGCCUCACCCUCGUCAAGGGCUUCAACGUCGAGGACGAGGCCGAGGGGUACGCCCAGCUCGUCGAGCGCGGCCUACCCUGCUUCGUCGAGGUCAAAGGCGUCACCUACUGCGGCACGGCGACCUCGUCCAACGCCGGCCUCACCAUGUCGAACGUGCCCUUCUACUGGGAGGUCUGCGCCUUCGUCAAGGCGCUCGAAAAGAGGCUGCAAGCGAAGGGUUUGGCGUACGGCAUCGCGGCCGAGCACGCGCACAGCUGUUGCAUCCUCCUCGCGAGCGAGCGCUUCCACGUCGAUGGCCGAUGGCACACCCACAUCGACUACGGCAAAUUCUUCGAGCUGCUGGAGGAGAGGGGGCCUGACGGCGACUGGACGCCCGAGGAUUACAUGGGUGCGCCGACACCGGAGUGGGCACUCUGGGGUCAGGGCGGCUUCGACCCUCGCGACGACCGCGUCGACAGGAAAGGACGCAAGGUGGAGAAUGUCGUUGUGCGAGAGCAGCCACCGGGCGAGGUUUGGUAA